AUGGGAGCUCAAACGCUCAUAUUACAGAGAAUACAGCAACAUAAAAAGCCAGAUACAGGUUACAGCGAAUUACAACGGGGAACAGCAGGUUACAGCAGGGAAAUAGCAGGCUACAGCAGGGAAACAGCAGGUUACAGCAGGGAAACAGCAGGUUACAGCAGGGAAACAGCAGGUUACAGCAGGGUAACAGCAGGUUACAGCAGGGUAACAGCAGGUUACAGCAGGGAAACAGCAGGUUACAGCAGGGUAACAGCAGGUUACAGCAGGGAAACAGCAGGUUACAGCAGGGUAACAGCAGGUUACAGCAGGGUAACAGCAGGUUACAGCAGGGAAACAGCAGGGGAACAGCAGGUUACAGCAGGGAAACAGCAGGUUACAGCAGGGAAACAGCAGGUUACAGCAGGGAAACAGCAGGUUACAGCAGGGAAACAGCAGGUUACAGCAGGGAAACAGCAGGUUACAGCAGGGAAACAGCAGGUUACAGCAGGGAAACAGCAGGUUACAGUAGGGAAACAGCAGGUUACAGCAGGGAAACAGCAGUUACAGCAGGGAAACAGCAGGUUUACAGCAGGGAACAGCAGGUUACAGCAGGGAAACAGCAGGGAAACAGCAGGUUACAGCAGGGAAACAGCAGGUUACAGCAGGGAAACAGCAGGUUACAGCAGGGAAACAGCAGGUUACAGCAGGGAAACAGCAGGUUACAGGAAGGGCCCAGCAGGGGAACAGCAGGGGAACAGCAGGUUACAGCAAAGGAACAGCAGGGGCCCCGCAGGUUACAGCAGGGGCCCCAGCAGGUUACAGCAGGGGUCCCAGCAGGCUACAGCAGGGGGCCCAGCAGGUUACAGCAGGGGGCCCAGCAGGUUACAGCAGGGGGCCCAGCAGGUUACAGCAGGGGGCCCAGCAGGUUACAGCAGGGGCCCAGCAGGUUACAGCAGGGGGCCCAGCAGGUUACAGCAGGGGGUGCCCAGCAGGUUACAGCAGGGGGCCCAGCAGGUUACAGCACGGGGUGCCCAGCAGGUUACAGCAGGGGACCCAGCAGGUUACAGCAGGGGACCCAGCAGGUUACAGCAGGGGACCCAGCAGGUUACAGCAGGGGGUGCCCAGCAGGUUACAGCAGGGGGCCCAGCAGGUUACAGCAGGGGGCCCAGCAGGUUACAGCAGGGGGCCCAGCAGGUUACAGCAGGGGCCCAGCAGGUUACAGCAGGGGGCCCAGCAGGUUACAGCAGGGGGCCCAGCAGGUUACAGCAGGGGACCCAGCAGGUUACAGCAGGGGACCCAGCAGGGGCCCAGCAGGUUACAGCAGGGGGCCUAGCAGGUUACAGCAUGGGCGCCCAGCAGGGGGAACAGCAGGUUACAGCAGGGACCCAGCAGGUUUACAGCAGGGACCCAGCAGGGGGACCAGGUUACAGCAGGGGGCCCAGCAGGUUACAGCAGGGACGCCCAGCAGGGGGACCAGCAGGUUACAGCAGUGGCCCAGCAGGUUACAGCAGGGGCGCCCAGCAGGUUACAGCAGGGGCGCCCAGCAGGUUACAACAGGGACCCAGCAGGUUACAGCAGGGACCCAGCAGGGGGCCCAGCAGGUUACAGCAGGGGUCCCAGCAGGUUACAGCAGGGACCCAGCAGGGGGCCCAGCAGGUUACAGCAGGGACCCAGCAGGGACCCCCAGCAGGGGCCCAGCAGGUUUACAGCAGGGGCCCAGCAGGUUACAGCAGGGACCCAGCAGGGGGCCCAGCAGGGACCCAGCAGGGGGCCCAGCAGGUUACAGCAGGGACCCAGCAGGUUACAGCAGGGACCCAGCAGGGGGCCCAGCAGGUUACAGCAGGGGGCCAGCAGGUUACAGCAGGGGGCCCAGCAGGUUACAGCAGGGACCCAGCAGGGGGCCCAGCAGGUUACAGCAGGGGGCCCAGCAGGUUACAGCAGGGACCCAGCAGGGGCCCAGCAGGUUACAGCAGGGACCCAGCAGGUUACAGCAGGGACCCAGCAGGGGGCCCAGGUUACAGCAGGGGGCCCAGCAGGUUACAGCAGGGACCCAGCAGGGGGCCCAGCAGGUUACAGCAGGGACCCAGCAGGGGGCCCAGCAGGUUACAGCAGGGGGCCCAGCAUGUUACAGCAGGGGGCCCAGCAGGUUACAGCAGGGACCCAGCAGGUUACAGCAGGGACCCAGCAGGUUACAGCAGGGACCCAGCAGGGCCCAGCAGGUUACAGCAGGUUACAGCAGGGGGCCCAGCAG